AUGUUGAAUCUUGUGGGGCUUUAUGUCAGCAGAAUAGGAUUUCUGGGCCUGUGGAUUACGCUGCUAACGAAUUCUAUGACAUGGAAGAUAGAAACUUUCAAUUUGAGUUGUAACUUCUUCUAUGGAAACUUGCCACGGUCACUGGGCAACCUGUCGUACUUGACAUAUUUUUAUCUUCAUGGGAAAAAAUUUACAGGAGAGAUUCCUUCAGAGAUUGGGAAUUUUAUGCAGCUCCAAUACUUGGAUGUUUCUGAGAAUGAGUUAGUAGGGCAUAUUCCAGCAAUACAGUGCACCAUGGAAAAUCUGUUUUACCUGAAUUGGGCCGGGUACAGGCCCUGA